AUGGAUAAAGAUUUUAAAUCAGGUGCCGUUGUUUGGGCUAAAAUGAAAGGGUUUCCACCAUGGCCAGCAAUGAUAAUGCAAUCGUCGGAGAAAAUGGAAGGUAUACCCGCUGGUCGUUACUCAGUACUGUUUUAUGGUACACAUGAAACAGCAAUAAUGAAAAAGAGUGAUUUGUUUGACUAUUAUACUUAUCGUAAUGAAUAUGAAGUACAGCGAAAGAUUAAGGGUUUUACUGAAGCUUUGCAAGAAGCACGUGAAGCUGCUGGUUGCAUGGAACCCAGUUUGACAGCAUCAAAAACUGAAUUGUGUUUAUCAGGUGUUGUCGAAAAAUCAUCUCCAGGAUCAUGUAACGCUAAUUUUUUAUCAGGAGAUAGAGUUAUUAGCGGGAACAGAUCUCGAAGAAAAUCGAGUCGAUCUGAUACCAGUGAUAGUUUAUUGGAAAAUCUUUUAUCAAGUCCAACCACAUCUUCACCUCUUCCAACCAGAAUGCGAACGCCGUCUCUUUCACCAAUUAAAGAUAACACCGAAAUAAGAAGUGAACGGAGGCGUCUGGGAAGCUUCACGUCUAUCUCAAGUCGUAAUAAAACAAAUUCAUUCUCGCAAUCAUUUGAUAUAGAUUUGGGCGAAGAUCCUAUGCUACCGAUUUUAAAUGAAGGUACUUGUAAUUUCCUAUUGGAUCGAAUUGGUACAGACAUUGAUGAAAUUUCAAGACCAUCAGUGAAAAGUAACCUCAAAUGUCCCAAGUCUGUUAUUGGUGAUUUAUCAUCUGAAAAGCUACGUGAACGCUUCAACAGCUUAUCUUCAGGGCGUACAAGAUUGUGUUCGGGUAUGUCAGACGGUUUCGAUGAUUUGUUUGGUUCUUCGCCACUCUUCAGCCCUACAGAUCCACUAUCGUCAUUGUCAUUUAAUGAUAUUCUGGGCGCAUCUGAUGAUCGUCCAUUAGCAGGUUUUGAUGAGCAGAACUUCAACUUUCAUCACCAAAAUUCUCUCCAGAAAAAUUGCUCAAGUUGUGGUUACUAUUGCGUCCUGUAUGGUAUUAAAUGGAGGUGUGCAAAUGUGAAUUGCCUGAAAUGGAACGAAGUUCAUGAACCAUCAAUUUCUGAAAUAAAUAACCAGUUGCCUAGUUUUGUGAAAGAAGAUCCUGAUGAUGUUAAAACGGAUCUUGUAACAUUGAAUGUUUCUCCAAGCAAACUAAAUGAUGGCACUUUAGACAGUAUUCAUGAUCCGAUCAUGUCAAAUAUUAUACCUGAUUGCUUACCACCAGAUUCAUUUUCUAAUAUUUUUGCACAAACAUCACUGCCAGCUAUAACAAAAGUUGAAAAUGAACCCGGUCAAGUUCAAGGAUAUUCUCAAUAUACCGAGCAGAAAGAUCCAGCUUCAUUACAAUCUUCACUUUCUCCGAAUCAAAGUGGAUCACUUCCAAAUAGUCAAAAUAUUCCGUCCAGGAGAACUGGGAACGGACGUCCCAAAUUUUACAAAGUGGAAAAAACACCGUUAGUAGCGGAAGAUGGUUGUAGGCACUGUUUUCACUGCAACGGACAAGUACGGCCACAGAUGUGCGGUGGUAAUAGACACAGAUGGCGUUGCGUCGAUAAAAAAUGCCGAAAAUGGUACGGUUGGGUCAGAAGUCAUGAGGAGAUACCUAAGGAUUUGGGCAAAAAAGGAAGAUGGAAAGAUCUUAUCAAAAUUCGGAGGAAAUCGCCAUCAGUUAGUGAAACUGAGGGUGAACAGAGUGAAUCAGUUAGAAAAACUGCGAGAAAAAAUGCAAGGCAGUCAGGUAAUCGAACUCGAUCAUCUGGGGUUAUGCAAUUGAGGAGUUGUAUGGAACGGCGUGUAAGAUGGUGGACAAAUGAAAAAAGAGAAAGUGGACUGUCUCCAGAGAGAGAACUCCCGAGUGAUCCAUUAGCUGCAGCCGCUGUAUGCAUUACAGUAUCGAAGUCAAUGACCUCAGCCGCUAGUACACGAACUGAUGAACCGGGUACUGUGGAUGGUUCGUUGGAUUUGUUAAUGGACACACUGUUCAGUUUAUUAGCACCGCUCUUAGCACUAACAAAACAGGUGCCCAGUAUUCUGGACCAAGAGACAGAAAAAAAACUUUGGGAGGCAUGUGCUAUGCAUACACCACGAUUUGCAUAG